AUGGGCCUCCAAAAGAACUUUGCGGACCUCAAGGCGUCGUUCAAGCGACCGUCCAAGGCCAACGAGCCCAAGCUCUCGGCGGCCGAGUACGAGCGGCUCCGGCUCGAGCUGGAAGAUAUCUUGACCUUGUACGAGCCGUCCCAGAUUGGCACGGCGGCGACGCUGCUCAAACACUAUGACGGCCUCGAAGCCGAGCUCGUCGAUUGCUACCGCGCCUAUUACAUGAAAGAGUCGCGGUCCAGUGAUCCGGACGACGACGAGCACCCAAACCAAAUGGCAGUACCCACGUACGGCAGCGGCAACAAUGACCUCGAGGACCAUAAGUCGCGCUUCGCGACGGCGGCGGCCCUCCGGAAGCGCCUCGCGCUCUCGUCACUCUCGUCACUUGUGCCGUCCAAACUCCGCGUGCGCAGCGCCAAGAUGCACAAACCCUCCAGUGCUACGAAGAUGGACAGCAUCCGCGGCCCCGACGUCUGGCCCGAGACAUCGCCACCCAAGCCAUCGGGCGCCCCCGCGCAUGGCUUUCGUCUACCCAAGAAGACGACGCUCGUCGAGUUGUUGCAAAAAGUCAAGCUGUCCCGCGAUGCGACGCAGCCGUUGGAGCCUGACGCGGCCCCGCUGCAAGCAACGACCAUGUCCUUCCCGGCGCGCUGCUUGGAUACGGGUGAGCAUUAUUUUAUGGAUGAAGUCAACCACGAGGUACUGGCGCGACAAAAGGACGCGCAGUACAACAAGCGCAAGAGCUUCCGCAACAAGGUCAUUGUGUUCCUCCAGCAGUACGACAUGGCGGCCGUCGACUCGGUCGAUACGCUGCUGUCGUACGGUGGCAAGACAAACGACGAGAUCUGGGACGACCUCCACAUCCAAUACAAAGUGAACCAGCGAUCGCGGCUUCUCCAGUUGUUUCAGACGUACGACCCGGCGCACGUGGCCGACGUCGAUGCGCUCCUGGUGGAAUAUGCUGCCAAUGUCGAAGACAUGAUUGCCUUUUACAAGGCCAAGUUUGCAGUCCAAAAGAGCAAGGUCGGCAAGCGCAACGAUCCGUGCACAUGGACACCCGGCGAACCCAACUCAUACCAACUUCUCCCUACAGGACUCUAGGUAGAGAAUGUACGAAACGUGGAAUUGGUCAAAUGCGUCGCUGGACAAGAGGCCUGAAAGGAUGGAAGUCCCAUAUAGCAAAAUAUUGGACUCUUG